AUGUGGCUGGUUUCUGAAUCGCUGGCUCUGGUCGUGCUUGUCGCCGUGACGGCGCCACUGCUGAGGCCGCAUGGCAUAGCCGGCUCAUCAAUUCCCCUGGUCAAUUCGCGGCAGCCAUUCGAGCUGGGAUACACCAAGGCCCGACAGCGAUGUCUGGCUGACAUGUCGGGUUUCAUCACGAAGGGUCUCGGCAAGGCAAAAAUCCGAAACAGCUCGGCCCUCAGCGUCGGCCGCUUCAUGGCGGAGCGUCUCCAUGCCCAUCUCGCGGGAUUUGAACCCUGGCGUCAGGUCUCCGCGCCGGAUCGACUCUUUCCGGAGACCAUUCGCACCAGGCUGAUGCAGCCUCUCGACACGAGAUCCGGCAAGCGUGACGGGAUGAUAGAAUGGCACCGGGUGGUGCUGAAGCCCAGCGCCUUGGCCAUCGUGUACUCGAUUGACUCGUUCGUUGCCGCCGACGAGCUGCACCGCUGGCCGAAAGUGUUCCGCCCCGUGAUCGCUUGGAUAUCGCCGAGCUGUCGCAAGAUCCGGGGUCAGCUGCGCGAGGCCCGGGCCCUCAUGGAGCCGAUCCUUCGACAGCGAAGCGUGCGCCGAGAGACUGGCGUCCCGGCGCCUCACGAUGAUGCCCUAGAAUGGAUGGAGGAAUGCGCUCGGGGCCGCCCCUACGACCCUGCUGUCAUGGCACAGAUCGGCAUGGCGACGGUCAGUCUGCACUCCACCGCAGAUAUGCUGACCCAGGUGCUGUAUGAUCUCUGCGGACGCGACGAUCUGAUUCUUGCCUUGCGAGACGAGGUCCGCUCGGUCGUCGAACAGAAAGGGCUGACGGUCUCGGCCUUGCAUGAUCUUCAGCUCAUGGACAGCACCCUGAAGGAGUCUCAGCGUCUGAAACCCGGUAAUGCAACGGAUCUCCACCGAACCGACGCGAUCGUUCUGUCCGAUGGAACACGCAUCCCGAGGGAUUCAUACAUCAUCGUGUCGGCGGACCGCAGAUUCAACCCCGACGUGUAUCCCAACCCCGCCACGUUUGAUGCCUACCGAUCGAUGAAGUUACGUCAAACGGCGGGAAAGGAGACGCAUGCGCAGGUCAACACGCCGUCGCCCGAACACCUCGCCUGGGGACUCGGGAAGCAUGCGUGCCCCGGGAGGAACCUCGUGGUGACGGAGAUCAAGAUCGCCCUGUGCCACAUCCUGUUAAAGUAUGACAUCAAAUUGAUGGAUAAUGUGCGUCCACCGCCGGUGAAAAACGGCAUUGCCAUGAGCGCGAACUCGACUGCGGCCAUCCUAGUCCGACGGCGCUAG